AUGAGAGAGCACUGGGAGUCCUUUUUAGGCUCCAUGGCUCCGACAACUCCAGCAAAGCCCAUUACUUCCAAGUUCAACGACGUAAACUACUCGCCUCCUGCUGGACACGAGGGAGUUGUCGCUUUAGAUGUCGAAAACCGUGCUGCGAAUUUGGGAAUCAAGAUGUCAGACCUUUCAAAAGAACAACAAGCGAAGCUUUCUUACAUGCUGAUGAAAAACUUCGACCGCACUUUGAUGGGGGCAGAAAAGGAUCUCACCCAGACUCAGUGUGGGCAGUUGCUCCUUGCGAAAAUGACAUGCAAAAAACUUCGCAACAUCGUGGCUGUCAGAGGAGGGGAACACUACCAUACCGUGCUACCAAGCAACCUACAUACUUACGAGAAGUUUCUUCAAGACCACCGUCGAUGGACCUCCAAACACGCGAAAACUGUGUUCACAGAAAACGCCAACUUGAAGCCUGUAUACCGAGUGCAAGAAAACGGGCUUUGCACGUGGACUUCUUCCGCGUCGGUGAAGGAUUACGAUUAUCGCAUGCAAUUCCAAGGCUAUUGGGAAGCUGAUGCAAGCGUCUAUACGAACAUUUCAAGAUUCAUCCGGAAUGAAUUGGACGAUGUGCCACUCUGCGAACUCAUUUUUCAGGAGCAUUUUCCCACCAACGUAAAUCUCCCGAGGAACCGACAAAACCUGGAAUGUCUCUUCAACAAAAAGAGAGUGCUCUCUGAAUGGGUUUACGAGCCUUUCAUGACGGGAAAUUCGGAGGCUUUGUUGGCUAAGACAAAACAUUUCAUCGCAGAGUGCCAGGCCUGGUCAGCAACUUCAUUGUGA